AUGGUUGCCCCUGGAUGCUCAACAGAUCCCGUAGUAAUUGAAUUGGGUAGAAAACAUUGCUCAGUUGCCAGGACUAGCAAGGAGUACGAAUCUUACAAAACUGAACUCCUCAACCGUCAAUCCCACCUGGAUCAUCUAAAGGCUUCUGGUGGUGACGAACAUGAUAUCAAGCGUUCCAACGAAUUUCUUGAGGAAACUCAAAUGGUUCUAGCUAAUAGAAAAGAAAUUUUAAUAAAAUAUAUCAAUGAAUUGAAAUCGGCAAUUAUCAAUACCAACCCGGAAUCAGUGGCGAUAGAAUCUAGGGAGUCUAUUAACAAUGCCAUUAAAGCUGCUAAUGACACUCUUUCCAUGCUGAAAGAGGAUUGCCCGGAGUUAUUCGAGUGA